AUGGGGUUUGAGGGAAAGAAGAAAAAGAUAGCCGUAGCGGGCUUUUCUUCAAUUCUCUUGGUGGCCAUGGUUGUUGCUGUGACCGUUAGCGUCUCGAAAAAUGGCAGUGCCCCUGCCAGCGACGGCAGCCAGUCUAAUGGCGGUGGCGAAAUAAGCACAUCCACCAAGGCUAUUGACAGCAUUUGCGCCCCCACAGAUUACAAGGAGACCUGCAAAAACAGCCUCUCAUCCGCCAAAAAUACCAGCGACCCCAGAGAACUCAUUAAGAUUGCAUUCAAUGUGGCCGAGGAAAAUAUUGCUCAGGUCAUUAAGAAUUCUUCACUCCUCAAGGAGGCAGCGAAGGACCCCAUGACCUCUAAGGCCCUGGAAACUUGCAAAGAACUUCUUGAGACAUCUAUUGAGGAUCUUAAGAGGUCUUUUGCAUCGGUCGAUAAUUUUGAUGUCAGCAAGAUGGAUGUAUACGUCGAAGAUCUCAAAACAUGGCUAAGUGGUUCCAUCACCUAUCAAGAAACUUGCAUCGAUGGCUUUGAGAACACCACCGGUAACACUGGUGAGAAAAUGAAGAAGCUCUUGAAAACUGCAGCCGAGCUUUCCAGCAAUGGGCUCGCCAUGGUUACUGACAUUUCCCAGAUUCUUGGAAACUUGCAAUUGGGAGGCUUCAGCAGGAGGUUGCUGUCUAAUUCAAACACUGAGUAUACUCAGGAGAUCCCAGCAUUUGUUGAUGUUGCUAGGCGAAAGCUUCUUGCCUCCAGUCCCGCCUCUCUCAAGCCCAACGCAGUGGUGGCUCAAGAUGGCAGUGGAAAGUUUAAGACUAUUAAUGAAGCCCUCGCAACUGUCCCACAGAAAAACAAUGAGACAUUUGUCAUUUUUGUCAGGGCUGGAAUCUACAAGGAAACCGUCAUUAUCCCCAAGAAAAUGAAUAAGAUUGUAUUGAUUGGCGAAGGCCCAACCAAGACGAGAAUCUCAGGCGGAAAGAACUAUGUUGAUGGUACCAUGACCUUCCACACUGCAACAGUCGCUGUCAAUGGUGAAGAGUUCACUGCAAGAGACAUCGGAUUUGAGAACACAGCUGGAGCCAACAAGCACCAGGCUGUAGCCCUCCGAGUUUCAGCCGAUAAGGGCAUCUUCUACAACUGCGCCAUAGAUGGAUACCAAGACACCCUAUACGUCCACACCUACCGCCAAUACUUCCGUGACUGCACCAUAUCCGGCACCAUCGACUUCAUAUUUGGCGAUGCAGCCGUCGUGUUCCAGAACUGCAAGAUGGUUGUGAGGAAACCAGAUAUUAAUCAGAACUGCAUGGUCACUGCUCAAGGAAGGAAAGAUAAGCGUGGCGUAGGGGCCAUUGUUCUCCAAAACUGCCAUAUUGUUGGAGAGCCUGCACUUCUCGCCGUUAAUCCCAAAGACCAGACAAUCCAGGUUUACCUCGGCCGCCCAUGGAAGGAUUACUCAAGAACCAUCAUCAUACAAUCCUACAUCGACGCCUUAAUUCAUCCAGAGGGCUGGUCCCCUUGGGCUGGAACAUACGCUCUUGACACUUGCUACUAUGGUGAAUACAAGAACCAUGGUCCAGGAUCUAACAUGGCUAACAGGGCUACAUGGAAGGGUAUUAAGAAGAUUACUCCUCAAAUUGCUGAGAGUUUCACUCCUGCAAGAUACUUUGGUGGUGAUCUCUGGAUCAAGCCCACAGGCAUCCCCUAUGUUUCUGGCAUGAUGAAAGUUUAA